GAAUCUGCUCCCCUACUUACACAGGCAGAAAGGGCCACGCGUGUCUUCACAAACACAGACACUCCGUGCGUGCGCUGACAGCCAAACCCCGCAGAAACAUGCACGCUCUAGUGAACGCCUUCAUGCGCUGUCUCUCCUUCCUCCUGCCUCCUCCUUGGCUCUGUGUCAGCGUCUGCCUGUGGGUUGGGAAGGACUGUGAGGACGCGCUGCGGCGGCCCAAUCCCCGAGCUCGUUUCAGAAGCGCAAAGCUUCUUACAUAUGAGGAAGUUGCAGCAGUCGGAGCAGCGGCUGUAGCGGAAGCACAGGGAGGCAGCUCCUCGCGCUCACCAGCUCCAGGCUGCGUCUCGCCGGCCGCUCCAAGCCCCGCCGCUCCUCAGGGCCCUCCGCAGGCUCGGAUCUGGACCGGGGCUCUCUGGCGAGCCGUGGAGCGCGUCCUCGGAGCCCCCUGGGUCCUGUUCCUUGGUCGCUGGAGUCCGAGGAAGCGUCGAGUAGCUGUGCGCGCCCCGUGUCCUCCUCCUCCUCCUCCUGUCUGUGUGCUCGAACCGAGCCAGAUUAUUCCGAGCUUCACCCAGGGAGGAGGCGCCGCUGUCACCUCGGACUGGGAGGCACCAGGUGGGGCCACCUUGACUCGCUCCAGACACGCGAUCGUGAUGAGUGGCUCCGUGGGGAUCCCCGGCGCCCACUCGGCGGAAUGCGCCUCAGGUGAGUCCGUGGAGCAGCAGCGGGGCGUGGAUGAGGUCAUCACCGUGGACCAGCUCUCCCAGGAGAUGGGCACGGUGACGAUCACCGUGGCCAUCCAGGCGGCGGAGGACGAGGAGCCGGAGGAGGAGUCCUCCAACAACAACGUGGACUGUCUCCGAGGCAGCUGCAGCGAGGACGAGGCCGGGAGACAUGACAAAUCAAGUGGUGCAGGCACCAGUGGAGGAGAGCUGGAGGAGGAGGAGAGCUGGCAGCCCCCAGAUCCAGAGCUCAUCCAAAAGCUGGUGGCUCAGAUCGAGUUCUACCUAUCUGAUGAGAACCUGGAGCAUGACGCCUUCCUGCUUAAACACGUCCGACGCAACAAACUCGGGUUUGUUAGCGUCAAGCUGCUCACCUCAUUCAAAAAGGUUAAACACUUGACUCGUGAUUGGAGAACAACUGCCUAUGCUCUGAAGCACUCCAAGAUACUCGAGCUGAAUGACGAAGGGCGUAAGGUGCGACGCAAAUCUGCAGUGCCGGUCUUUGCCAGUGAGUCGUUGCCCAGCCGGAUGCUGCUGCUGAGUGACUUGCAGAAAUGGCCUGAACUGGCUGUUCUCACCAAGGAUAAUGGGAGCUGUGAGGGUGGAGCCACUCAGCAGGAGCAGCUGAUGAAGCUGCUGCUGAAGGCGUUCGGGACCUACGGUGCCAUUUCUUCUGUCAGAGUCUUGAAGCCGGGGAAGGACCUACCGGCUGACCUGAAGAGACUGAGUGGGCGCUACACCCAGCUAGGCACAGAAGAGUGCGCCAUUGUGGAGUUCGAGGAGGUGGAGGCUGCCGUUAAAGCCAAUGAAGCGGUGGGAAGUGAGGACGGCGGAAGCGGUUCACUGGGGUUGAAAGUGGUUCUUAUUGGAACCAAGCCACCUAAAAAGAAGGUGUCCAAAGAACGACCUCGCGAGGAGGGUGGGAUGCGCAAAAGCCGCUCUCUGAACAGCAGAGUACGAGAGCUUCAGUACCACGGGGAGGACUCGGCCUGCAGUUCCUCAGACACAGAGAGCACCCCAACCUCACCCAGACUGGCAAGAAAGUCCCAAUCCUGCAACAAGCUAAGCCCCACCACUGCUGGCAUCAGCUUCCAGAACAAUCAUCUAAGUCCUGGUAUAUCUCCACGUAACAGCCCCUGGUCGAGUCCCCGUGCCAGCCCGUGUCCUCAGCGUAAAUCCCAUCAUGCCAACAAGUCUCCAUUGGUGAGCGAGGGCAGGCUGAGCCCUGAGGCAGGGCGCCGCUGGGCAGACUACUCCUCAGACAGCAGCCUCACGCCUUCUGGGAGCCCAUGGGUUCAGCGGCGAAAGCAGGUGGCCUCUCAAGAGAGCAGUCCAGUCGGCAGCCCCAUGCUGGGCAGGAAGAUCCAGAAUGCAGAUGGUCUCCCGCCAGGAGUCAUGAGGUUGCCAAGGGGUCCUGAUGGUACUCGCGGCUUUCAUGGAGUCACUUUCGUUGAGCGAGGAAAGAGUGCCGCUACUCAGACUUGAUCUGUGCAACGCAAGUUUCCUCUACCCCCAGAAAGAAAAAUGAUCCGUUGGCAACUUGUUGCUCUCCCCUUCCUUCUGCAUUUGAGACUGUGUAUAUAUAUUUUUGUUGUGCGUCGGUUUUCAGUCUUUUGUUAUAUUUUUAUACGACAUUUUGCGUUACUAUGGUAACAUUAUGAGAUUUACCAGUGGAGAAGUUUAAGUGAAUGUAAACUGAUAUGGUUUUGAGAGAACUACCAUCCAUCGCUGAAAUGGACCAUGUUGCCUAUUUUCCCUCUACGCUUUUUCUACUUGAGAUGAGCUAGAGAGAAUUCAAAUUUAUGUUAAGUCUUGUCUACAAUGUGAAAUCUAAAAACCCGUUUGUGGAUGGUCUGAUGUUUAAGCGGUAUAGGCACAUGGAUUUGAUGUCACCAUACGCCUUUUUUUUUUGUAUUUGUCAAACCGUUCACACGCUAUUUAAACCGA